UAAGAAAAAAAGACUGCGAUGAGAUUGCUCUUAAUAUUUGCAAUUUUGAGUUGCCUUUACAAUGAAGCCUAUGGGAAAGUUUCUUUAGAUAUCGAUAUGAAAUUGAAGACUCUUAAUAAGCCAGCGUUGAAGACCAUCAAGAGUGAAGAUGGAGAUAUAAUAGAUUGCAUAGAUGUUUACAAACAACAUGCUUUUGAUCAUCCCGCCUUAAGAGACCACAAGAUUCAGAUGAAACCGAGUGUGGAGUUUGGUACAAAGAAGACCACAAAUCCAAACAACGGUACUUCUGAACAAAUCACGUCUCAGAUUUGGUCCAAAUCUGGAAACUGUCCCACAGGGACAAUACCGGUUCGUAGAGUCAGUAGAGAAGACAUAAGCAGAGCCUCUUCACCGUCUCAUUUUGGAAGGAAAACUCCUCACGUGUACAGAUUUCUCGACCAACACAAGGCCAAUUUCAAUUUAACGUCAGCUGAAAAUAAACCCCGCCCAAAGGACCGAUCGGAAGCGAUCCUUCUCGCCCUAGGGUUCAACUAUGUUGGCGCUCAAUCUGACAUAAAUGUUUGGAACCCUCCGAGAGUUCAGCCUCACGACUACAGCUCUGCUCAGAUCUGGCUGCUUAGUGGUCUCUCAGACAAACUCGAGAGCAUAGAAGCUGGCUGGGUGGUGAAUCCAGGCGUUUUCGGAGACUCUCGCACACGGCUCUUUACCUACUGGACUAAAGAUUCAUACGCUACCACAGGCUGCAUCAACCUCUUAUGCUCAGGUUUUGUGCAAACAAGUACUAAAUACGCCCUGGGUGCAGCCAUAGAACCUGUUUCGAGUACAUCUCAUAAACAAUAUUACAUCACCAUUAGCAUGUUCCUGGAUCCAAACAGCGGGAACUGGUGGCUGCAUUGUGGAAACAACGUGAUUGGUUACUGGCCCGGGAAACUCUUCAGCUACCUCCAACACAGUGCCACCGCAGUGCAGUGGGGUGGAGAAGUGUAUAGCGUUAACGUGAGGAAGAAGCCACACACAAGAACUUCAAUGGGAAGUGGAGCAUUUGCAUCUAACCGCUAUGCCGAGGCUUGUUUCCACACCAACAUUAGGAUCAAAGACUAUUCCUUGCAGAUCAAGUAUCCCCAGUAUCUGUCCCAGUACGCUGAUGAGUAUAACUGCUAUUCUACAAGGCUUAGCCGGAGAACGUAUAAGUCAGAGCCGUUUUUCUUCUUCGGAGGACCUGGCCAGAAUCUUCGCUGUCCUUGAUUCCAACCUUUAAUAGAGAACAAAUCAUAUAUUUGAAUACUUCAACCUCUUUAAUCCAAUUGAUAAGACUUUUCAAUCUAUA